UUGGAGACUGGAAGCACCUCCAUGAACAGCAUUAGAGAGCGUUCCAGUUGUGAAGCCUCCUGUGUCGAUUCUGCCGACACUUACAAUUUGACUGAGAUUGAAGAUGAAGAUACAUGUGAAUAUCUGCAAAGGAGACAGUCUGAUGUUCUCUUGUACAAUAAUGAUGUAGAUGUAGAUGAUGAGGUGUACUCCAGACGUUAUGCUAAUAAAUGUGAUGAAUACUCAGGUCGGCCGAGUGGUACCAAGGCUACCAGUUCAGGAAAGUCGACACCUAGACAUAAACCUAUGGAGCUUGUUGUGUCCCACAGUAGUCAAACGUUAGUUUUGAAAUCAUCUAGUCGUGUCAUGUCUGAUGAACAUGAUACUUAUUCCCCGGAGGAGGAUCUUAGUUUUUUACGGCAUGAGCACUCAGCUGAUAUGACACCUGAUGAAUUCAUGAUGGAGGAUGUUAUGUACUUAACGGAUGACCAGAAUAAAAAGUAUGAUCAAAGUUUACAUUCAGUGAUAUCUAAGUCUUCAACUAAAGAAGAGAAGCAGAGACAGAACGAAGAGAUUGUUAAUUUGGAAUCUUCGUCGAUUUCCUCUGAAACUGGAUCGUGGGAGAGCGUUUUUCCUAUGAGGAGCAACCAAGAAGCUAGAGAAAUGUGUGCGACGUUUCUUAUGAACGAGAAAGAUUUUUGCUCACGAGAUGGCAAAAUAAAAGUUAAUACAGGUUAUAGAUCCUAUCCUGUGUCAAGACACUCCACGCCUGUUAAACAUAAUGCUUGUUUUAUAGACGCAGCAUCUUUGGUUGAUGAUGUUGACGUUUGGCAUACAAAUUAUGAAGCUGGUACUUCAACAAUUAAACCGACAUCAUUAAACUUCAAUCACUCCAAUCCUAUUAAUAUUUUUAAGCCCGAUAAGUUUCAAAACGAGUUAUCAGUGUCGGAGUCUUUUGAAACUAAAACAAUAAAGAAAAAUAAACACAAAGAUUCAAGUACCUCGGAAUCAAACAGUUAUUCAGAGCGUAAUGGUGUGACAGAGUUUUUCGAACAACAAGAUUUAGAUUUUCAUACUCGGUUUGAAAUGUGUAGGCUGACUGUUGAUAAAAUAAGUUCGGAUACGCCAUCGAGUAGUCCUUUAAACGACCUGCAACAAAAUAAUGAUGAUAUGACCGCAAAGUGUUUGGAUAUUGAAAAUCUUGAAGCCGACUCAACACAAUCUACAACUUCUGACACCAACAAUGAACUGGAAUCCACAAAAGCUAACACAACUUUUACAUUAAACGAUUCAUCAAAUACUGAUGCAUCAGAUGAAGCACCUGUUGUAAUUGAUAAAAACUUUCUCACAGACAAUAUUGUUUUACCUGAUACACCACAUAAUUCGAUAAUCGAAGUUGACUGUAAGGAUUCACCAUAUAAAACCCAAAAGUACUCAGAAGCGUCACCUAUUAUUUCAGGUGGUGCGAGUGUUAAAGAUUUUGUUCCUAAGAUUCGUGCAAGUCCGUUGAUCAGAAAAAAAUUCGACGCUACUCCUAUUUUGUCAGGAGCAUCUGCUGCUUACGAAGUGCAAGAGAAAUUUGAAGAAAAACAAAGAAGAAAGCUGUCGACAAGUUGUGCUUGGAUUGUUGAUGUGAGUGACUGUUCCAGCACUUCUUCUUUGGAUUCGAGAUUGAAUCGUGAAACAUCCAGGCGCGACUCUACGUCUUCACAUAAAUCUUCUUUAGGAUUUUUCGUCGAUUUUAACGAUAAAAAAUCAAAUAGUGACAACUCCAGCGACGAAAGCAAAGGCAGAAGUUCUUCAGAGGAGAAAAGAUCAUUGGGUUAUUUUAUUGACUUAUCUCGUGAAGAACCGGCUAAACCAAAAACACCUCCAUCUGCCGACAAAUCUAUGUUUUCAAUGUUCAUAGAUUUUGGAGAAAAGUGUGUCAAAAGCAUCCCUGAUAGAUUGGCUAUGUCUUUACACCAGAGAGCACGAUCAAAAAGUAUUGCUGUUGAAGUCAAUGGAACAACCAAAUCUAAACAGGGAAUGGCUAGAAGUUUAGGUAGAGACAACACUAACUCUUGCCGAGACGGAAUGUCAACAGGUGAAGCAAAUGGAAAUAAAAAUGGGACAACAACGUUUCUUAGUCUACGUAAUUUGGAUGAUAAGAAAGUUACUAGUUUUCUGGAUAGCAGUGCACAGGAUGGCAAGGCUGAUGGGCUGAUUCAAAUACGUAGAAGAGACAAGAUAAACUUAAAACAAUUGAAAGCGCCUGAAUUUGUUAAGGAACCUCUGGAAAUAAAUCAACAAAAUGGUGAAGCAAAUAUAAAUAAAACCUUAAAUGAAGUUAACGUCACCGUCGUUGAAAAACAAAAACCAGUUGAUCAAGACAAUGUUCCAAUUGUCAAACAACUUGAAGACACUUUACCAAACAUGGACAUCAAUGAAUCAACUAAGCGGCAUUCCUGGAACCUCCCAGAAGCACCAAAACCGCCACAAAGAUUCCACAAACGUGCCCAAAGCGUUUCAGAAAACAGUCUUCCACAAACUUUAAUAAAAUCAAAAGUUGGCUCCACUUAUUCAAUUGAAUCAAACUUGAGCGACUUUUCUGGACGUUCUGGUUUGAGUUCAGGAUCAAGCAGCGGCUACGCUAGAAUGAGCGAUGUUAAUAAAAAACAUAAAAAGGAUUGUAAGAUAAAUGAAACGUUUGAUAAAAGUAGUCCAGGAUCGCAGACUGAAGGUGUGUUGACUGACACUGAUGAAGAUUUGACUUACCAGAACGAGCAGAAUCCUGAUACGGUUGAUGGAAAAGUUGUGGAUGAUACAAAAGUUGUUGAAGCUGCAGUUGUAACCGAGUCUAAACCUGCUCCAAAAAUAGGAUAUACAUUAAACUUGGAUAGUGAUGAAUACUUGAAAAGGAGCAAGGAUAAAGUCAAAACUCCUCAAGGUGUUAAAAUAGGCUACACUUCAAAUUUACCAGAGGAUGAGUCUCCUAACAACAAAGUCAUCAACAACGUUGCCCAUACUAUGGAAACCUUACAAGCCAAGAUAGAAAAACAAAAACAGCUGUUAGCGACUGUUUCAGAAAACACAGAGAUGAAUACGGUGAUGACGGAUUCUGGUAAAUUUGUCAGGUUGUCGGAUUUGGAUAAGCCUUUGCCAAAAGUGGAUCUGGUUAAUGAUAAACUGAUGUCGAGUUCCACAGGUUCGAAUAGGGUUUAUAAAUUAUUUGCUAAUAAUUAUGAGAACAAGUAUUUUAUGUCGAGGUCUAUUGGGAAUCACACUAAUUUGAUCACAUCUGAAGAAAAUUCUAGAAGUCUCAGCAGGCUGUUUCCUCAUUUGAGCAAAGGUUUCAGUAGUAGUUUACCGAAUGGUGUCAAUGUCAACAUGCAUUUUAAUCGUAGUCCUCUGGAACUCGAUGACUUCACCUCAGACAUCAGUGUUGGUUCCAGUUUGAGUUCCAGCAUGGGAAAAUCAGGAAUGGAUCUGAGUGCAGAAGACAGUUUGUCCAGGCAACCACGUCGUCUGGGUGAAGACUUACUGAGAAUGUUUUUGGAAGAAAUAAGUCCAGACGUUUCAAUAGAUGUGUCGGGACGUGUUCUCCGAGCUCACAAAUGCAUUUUGAGAUCAAGAUGUCAAUAUUUUGCUGCCACUCUUGCUGGCAAUGAAGUCGAGACCAGAGGAAAUGUUAUUGUCAUGGACGGUUAUACUUAUGGAGCUGUGCAUUUUGCUUUGUGCCAUAUUUAUUCUGGUGCUACGAGACCACCUGAGGGUAUCAGUUUGCAGGAGCUGGCUUCUCUAGCUGAUCUUUUGGGUCUGGAAGGUUUAAAGGAAGUUACAUCACAUGCUUUGAAGUCGACUUAUUGUCAUAUGUUUCACAAACCCUGCGAUGAGUGCAUAGCAGGAGUGUGCAUGGUGCUGCCUCUUGCGGCUGGUCACGGCCUGGACGAACUGCACGCGCGUUGCGUCCGAUGGCUCUGCAGGCACUUCCUGAGGGUGUGGCCCACCAGGCCUUUUGCUACACUGUCCACGGACUUGAUGGAAAGGGCCAGGAGACACAUCAUUGCACAUCUGAGUCCUGAAAACGUCUUGGGUACAGUUCUGGAUUGUGAAUGCUUGCUAAGCGAACUACCAGAAACACGAUGGGCUACUCGAGUUGAAGCACUUACUUUGUCAUUGUUGGAACAUGCUCAUAUGUUUGUUGCUGAUAAAUUCCCUGCUAUACUAACUGCUAACAGGUGUUAUGGAUGUUAA